GGCAGCAUUGGUGAAAUGACAGUACGAAAUGUCAUGCAUUGUGUAUUGAUUUUUAUUCAUAGCUUCCUUUGUGAUUCAAUUAAAUCGUGAAAAAAUAAUUUAUCGAAGCAAUGGGCGCAGCAUUCUUUCCGGUACUGUUCUUCACUGCCUUAUGGGCAUGUGUUGGCAUUGGUGUUCCUAUGAUGACUCCGAAGGGCCCUCAUCAAAGCCUCUUCCGUUGUAUUAUGAUGCUAACUGCAGCGACUUGCUGGCUUUUCUGGCUAUGUUGUUACAUGGCACAAAUGAAUCCUUUGCUAGGACCAAAAUUAAACCAAAAUGCUAUUUAUAUGAUAGCAAAGGAGUGGGGAAAUGAGCUAAAGGACGGCUAAAGUUAUGGUUUAAAAGGUUUGCAGAUAAUGUAAGCUGAAGGACAGCUUGAUCGGUGUGAGCUGCUCAACGCAAUUGGUGGAGCGAUAAAAACGUAUAUAUGUUUAAUGAAAAUAUGUAGUGAAACAUUUUUAUUUUAGUUUAUAAACAAUGCAUUUUCAUCUUAUAAAUUAUGCAAAUGUAAAUAAUUUGCUUAAGGGUGGGCCCCAAGAAUGCAUUAUAAGAUUUUGCUGACCCUUAAAAAAUGAAGUGUAAUUUAAUUUCAAUUAAUAUAAUAAACAAAAUGUUAAGCUCCG